AUGUUAUGUUACGUUGCUAUCCACACACAGACAGGGGCUCCUGUAACAGGCAUACACCAGGUGGCGGUGGUAGGUCUCCCGAACUGCAGCUUCUACCACCUCUCUACCAGCGUCAACGGCAACCAGGACCAGUUCAUCCUCAAGCCUGAUGGUGGGUUGGUGGUGGGUGACCUGAGCGACUACUCCGACGCGUCGCCCUUCACGGUCCCGUAUGGGAAAUACUGCCUUGUGUUCCCGGCAUAUGAUGUCAUGGAAUCGUUCGUCUGUUUCCCCGAAGUAGACCCGACUGUGGAAAACUCCCAAGAGAGCUUUAAGCGCGCCGUGUACCCGGUAUGCCUGCUGGUGAGCGCUGGCUUCCUGCUACUGACGCUGCUAGCGUACUGCGUGGUCAAGGAGCUGAGGGCGGACCAGCUCUCCAAGUGUUUCAUGUGUAGCGUCGGUAUGCUGGCAUGCGCACAGAUUAUCAUGGUCGCCGGCAUGUGGGGCAGAGAUGACCUCAUGGAGUCAACGAUGUGCGUCAUAAUAGCUUCGUUGUCGCACUUUAGUUUCUUGUCUGCUUUCUUGUGGCUGAACGUCAUCUGCAUCAUGAUCUUCUCCUCCCUCUG